GACCAGUUAACUUAACGUUAACUGCUACUUUCAACUGUCAACAUCGAGAAAACAUCUUAUGUGCACUAUGGACCUGAACUUUGACAAGCAAAUGCGAGACAAUAGUCUUAACUACAAAAUGUCUCUGGAUCGAAUAAUAGAGAAGUAUUCAAAGAUUCAGUACCAAGACGGGGCGAUAGAGGUGGACCUCGACAACACAAAUACCCGAACAAUUGAACGCUACAUGAAGCUGUCAAAAACAGAGCUGAACAAGCUGGAGUCAAAGAGCCUGACAGAUUUAAGAGACGAGUCAUUGAGAUCCCAGGACAUUACAGGAGACUCUCAGUUGGACUUCAUGCUUCAGGAUGGUGGAGCUGAUGAGACGUGUGUUUCUAGUAUUUCCUCUUCCAUGGAUGAUGAUGGGUCGGCUAGAAGUGACACAACUCAGCUGACUGUGAGCUCACUGGAUGAAAGCCGGAGAAACCUUUCUGAGACGGAGCUCCAGCCCGAAGACCAAGAUGAGGAACUGGAAAUGUCUCUGGGUAGUCGCAGCGGCUCUUGGGUGGAGCUCUACCCCAGCAUGAUCAGUCGAAUAGAGAGGGCCUGGCACCGGCAGCAUGUCUCUGAGGCUGCUGGCUCUGUGCUGAGGAGGUAUCGUCGAUGGCGCCAGCACCCAAAUAGAAGCUAUCUCAACAACACCUUCACUGUCACGUUGAGACACGGCAACCCAAAGAAGAUGUUGAGCGAGACCCUGCUCAGGGAGACUUCUAACAGUCCUGUGAAAAUGCAGUUCAUGAGGACUGAAGCAACCCCCCGGUCUCCUUUGCAGAUGGUGACCAUGAAUCCGCAGGAUUGGCAAGCACAGCAGCAGUCUCCUGGGAGGGUGAGAGGCUCGCUGAGGAGAGAGCCGCGCCAGCCUGUCCUCGCCAUGGACCUCUCCGGUUGCUCUGAGACCACUAAACCGAAAGAGAUCUCUCUGAAUGAGACCUUCAAUGUGUCCCAGCUGGGAGAACGGCCCUCCUCUUACACUGUCAGUCCUUCACGACCUUUCUAUCCCACUGCAAAAGCAUCGUUGGAUGUGUCUCUCAGGUCUAAAAGACUCUCUCUCGCCGCACACUCACCGCAGACUGACGGGUGCAAAGAGAGACCAGACGUCUACGGCUCACCAGUCAGGCAGAGUCCUUUAAAAGCAAGGAUGAUGAGCGGCCUCAGUAGGUCACCUCAUGCCUUUUCCAGAAGCCCGAAAGCACAUUCUGUAGAAAACUUCUCCAGAGAGUUUAGGAGGUCCAGAUCAAUGUCCACUUCCCUUUCCUCCCCUCCCCAAAGGCCAACUGUGCCACUGAGGAUGCUUGACCCUCAUGACUUCCAUCAUUCCUUCCAGUCACAGCUGCCUUCACCUCAGUCGGCCACAGCAGCAGAGGGUCGUCAUAGGCUGCGCCGGCACCUUUCCUUCGACUCUUCCCUGCCGUCAUUCCACGUCUCCUACUCGCCAAAGAAGCUUGAUGAGGACUUCAUAAAACUCUACCACAAGUUCGUCUGCCAGAACAAAUCAUCGUUCUUUAAUGGGGCUCCCUGCCGUUACUGUGCUAGAAGCUCCGAGGCCAGCAGAGGCCACUCUUCCACAGCUCUGGCCGCCCUCGCCUUAUCGCCUCAUCGCUCCCUCCUGAGGAAGCGCCAUAGGGAGCUAGGCUGGGACAGCCACCCCCAGUCCAAACGCUCCAGGGACGAGUACUGUGCAUCCCGGCCAGGCUCCAUUAGCCAUGAGAAGGAGAUGCUGAGACGACGUCUCUGUCAGUCUGAAUAUGAGCAGUCUCAUGGUGGCCUCGCCUACAGCCCCAGUAAAUACAGCAUGCUUCAAAGAUUCAGCACCGAGCAGCGCUCUGCAGGUGCGCAUCAGGAAACCUGGAUGAGUCAGGGCCGCCGUCUAUCUGCAGCUGAGUUUUCCAGCCUGGGAGGUUCAUUUGAGAGAAAAAUGACUGACGGCUUCUCCCCCAGAAAGUGGUGUUGAACAGGGAUUACACCAGCCCAUCCACAGAAGUUCUCAAACAAGUAUCAUUGUACAUUACCGUCAUGUAACAAAUAUCAAUGUGAAAGUGUAGCAGCAUGAGGGCAUUUCUUUGUUUCAGCUGUACAGUGUGAGCUCAGGAAACUAUUACUCAACUGCAAUUGUUGACAUGUUAAAACUCUAAGUGGUUGUUUGUCCAAUUGCUUUCCAUUCUACUUCCUGCUUGGAGAUUUUAUUUUUUACAAGUACUAUUAAAACCAUCCAUUUGUUUAUCGUUUACACUCAUGUAUGUAGUUCUCUUGCUAAAUCUUUUACUUUUUGUGCUGUGGUGAAUCAUUACUUAAGUGAAUACAGCUUCAUGUUUAUUUCUUG